CUGAUCCAGUGCCUGAAGCAGGGUGCCCUGUCCCGCACCACCGCCAGCACCCAGAUGAACGUGCAGAGCUCCCGCUCCCAUGCCAUCUUCACCAUCCACCUCUGCCAGAUGAGAGUGACCAACCUCCUGGAUGGAGCCCAGCCCACCACUGAGUACGAAACCCUCACGGCCAAGUUCCACUUCGUAGACCUGGCUGGCUCGGAGCGGCUGAAGCGCACGGGAGCCACCGGCGAGAGGGCCAAGGAGGGCAUCUCCAUCAACUGUGGGCUGCUGGCCUUGGGGAAUGUCAUCAGUGCUCUCGGAGACCAGAGCAAGAAAGUUGUACACGUGCCCUACCGGGACUCCAAGCUCACUCGCCUGCUGCAGGAUUCCCUUGGGGGCAACAGCCAAACCAUCAUGAUCGCCUGCGUGAGUCCGUCCGACCGGGACUUCAUGGAGACCCUGAACACCCUCAAGUACGCCAACCGGGCCCGCAACAUCAAGAACAAGGUGGUGGUGAACCAGGACAAGACGAGCCAGCAGAUCAGCGCCCUGCGGGCCGAGAUCGCCCGCCUGCAGAUGGAGCUGAUGGAGUACAAGGCGGGCAAGCGGGUGAUCGGGGAGGACGGCUCGGAGAGCUACAGCGACCUGUUCCGGGAGAACGCGCUGCUGCAGAAGGAGAACAGCACCCUGCGCCUGCGGGUGAAGGCCAUGCAGGAGGCCAUCGACGCCAUCAACAGC